UUUUGUACAUUGGUUUGAACUGUAACAUGACUGUUUUUUUAUAUAAUGAUUUUAAGUCUAUCUCAUGAUUUUGUGGGGCCUGAUACAUGAUUUUUGAAUACUUGGGAUUGGAAAUACUAUGAUUCAUCCCACAGACCUAGUGCAUACCCAGCAUGCCAUUUUAGGCACAGUGAACAUCUGAUGGAAGCGAGUGAACAUCUGAUGGAAGCUCUUUCUAUUUCUGAAAGUCCGGCCAUGGUCUUUUCAUAUCCCUUUGAACAUCUAAGAAUACCUCUUCCCUUGAUGAACGAAGUAGAGAAGCAUGAACCUUGGGAAUAGGACUCCAAAUUUUGGUUUCUCAUUCAGAACCAGACAGUCAAGCUUAACCAGUACAGGCAAUAUUUUUUAAGGAGCCCCCACAAAUAUUUCUGUAUGUGUCAUCUGUGCAGAGAGUGGAGGUCAGGCUUCUUGAGCAGCAGGGGGAGCCAUUUCUACAAGUGCCAAGUGAAAGCUGUGGGCUGGUUCUGAACAGCAAGGCCCAGGGCCUAGCAUAGCUUUGAGGAAGGAGACUAGCCCACAGGCUGCAAGAGCCAUCAGCCCUUAGGCAGAGAAAUCAGGGAGGUAGUCCUAAAGACAGAGCGCUCCACUAAAUCGGACAAAAUGGUUGAUCAUCUCCUGGGAACCUGGAAAUCAACCUCAUGUGAAAACUUUGAUGCAUACAUGAAAGAAUUAGGAGUCGGCUUAGCCACCAGGAAACUGGGCACGCUGGCCAAACCCAGCAUGACCAUCAGUGCUGACGGCGAUGUGGUAACCAUCCAAACCAAAAGUGCCUUUAAAAAUAAUGAGAUCUCUUUUAAGCUUGGUGAGGAGUUUGAUGAAACCACACCAGAUGACCGGAAAACCAAGAGCAUUGUGACCUUAGAAAAUGGGUCAUUAAAUCAGGUCCAGAAUUGGGAUGGCAAAGAGACCACAAUAAAGAGACAAGUGGUAGAUGGGAAAAUGGUGGUGGAAUGCACCAUGAAUGACAUCACCUGCACUAGGAUCUAUGAGAAAGCCUGAAGAAACUCUGUUAGUACCCUGCUUGACUAAAAAUUGGAGAAUUAGAAACUUAACUGUUGUAGGUAUUUAAUAAAAAGCUUACACAUGCA